AGGUGCUGUCGGCAUUGUGUAUUACUGAGAUGAAAAAGAAAAACCUGCUGACAUCAAGAAGUGUUUCUGCUUAUUCAACUUUCUGUAUUAGCUGACCUUUUUUGAAGAAUGUAAGCAAGCAUCUGAUUUUGGAUAUCUGAAUUAGUGAAAAAAUUACUGGAAACAAGUGAGACCUAUUUGUGGGGCAAUGUCAUAAAAAAACUGCAAAAGCCAUUUGUAAAGUCGAAAACUGUGAGGCGGUCCAAAUGUACCACCCAAGAAUCUGGAGAAGAUUUUUUACCACCUGCAACACCGGCCAUGGAUCAAAUGGUAGAUUUUUAUUUAGAGGAGGAAGAAAAGGUGAUUCCUAAAGACUAUUCUCCCAAUGCAGAAUCCUUUUUCAAAUCCAAAAGAGGGCGAAAGAAACGACACGAAAAACGAGAUUCCGAGGGUUUUAAAUUACCCUUUUUACCCUCAAUUUCUCAAAGUGUCGUUUCGUGCACUUAUUCAUCAACAGAAAUUGCACCACCUGGACAAUCUCGAGAAAUGGAAACGACGAUGCAAGUUGAUGAAGAGUUUGAAUCGACGAGUUUUCUGCCUCAUGUGCCCAACAAUGAUGACAGUUUUGAUCCCACCAUUCCCGAAAGUGACAAUGCUCCAGAAACUAGUUUUGAAAGUAUGGAAACUAGUUUUGAAGCUACUGCAAGUGUCACCGAAAAUUGCCUUGAAACAAAUGAAUCUAUUGUCACCGAAACUAGCUUUGAAACAAGUGAAUCUAUGGUCACCGAAACUAGCUUUGAGCAUUCUGUGCCUAGUUUUGCGUCCAUUCCAGAAACUAGCUUUGGUGAGAGUGUUUCAUUCGUGUCAAACAACGAACCAAGUUACAGUGUUGGACAAAAUGGGCCAUACUCGACAACAAACUUUGAACAUUCUAGUUUUGUUGAACCACCACCCGGUAUUGGUCAAAUAAACAAUGUGCCAGGGGUUUAUUACAUGUACGAACCUUAUGCACAACCACAACCUUUGCAAACUCAACAACUAGAAUGUUCAAAUUAUGAAUGUAGAGACUAUUUUGGUCUGGACGAUCGGGAUUUAAAUAUCCCGAUGGAAAAUGCAUCUAUAGAAAUGCCAACGCAAUUACCUAAUGAUGCGCAACUUAUAGAUGCAAUAAAGGAUUGGUUAAAGAGCCCAAAUUUUGACUUUUUACAAAACCUUGAACCAAAUCCUCCAGACUUGCCACUGGAUCUGUAUGAAGAUUUGUUUGAUUAGUUGUUGUUUUUGUGUAAAUUUUUAUAUAUUUCAUUUAUUAUUUAUAUAUUUUAUUAUAUAUUUAUUUAUUUAUUGUAUAUAUAUUUAUUCAUCACAUGUAAAUAUUCAUAUUUAUUUUUGUAUUAUUAAUUGUACAUUUUAGUAAAAAAUAAAUUCAA